UCCAAAAAACCCAGAUAUAUAGAUAGAUGGUGCCACUCAAAGACGUAGUACCAGCAGCACAGAACAACAUAAACACAAGGUUCAUACUUUUGGACAAAAGUAUGAAGACGUCAUCAUCAUCGGAAGGCCUUCACAAGACAUGCCUGGCACUCGUGGCAGAUGAGACGGCGGCAGUUCACUUCCAGCUGUGGGGAGACGAGUGCAAUGCAUUCGAGCCGGGCGACAUCAUACGCUUGAGCAAUGGCAUCUUCUCUUAUAACAGGAACAGUCUUCUGCUCAGGGCAGGUAAGAGAGGCAAAAUAGAAAAGGUUGGAGAAUUCAUGAUUGCAUUUGUUGAGACACCAAACAUGAGUGUGAUUCGUUGGGUUCCUGACCCCAACAACUCUAAGAAGUACAUACAGGAGGCUGUGAUUUCUCCACAUUCACGUAUAUUUCCACCCAAAUAGUGAUCCUCAAGUUGUUCUUAUUGCUACUCUAACAGUUUAAUUUGUCCAUUUUAAUGGGACUCGAAA